GGUGUUUACAAACACUGUUCUGCGAAUCAGCUGCUUGAGUCACAAUAUCGAAUUCUACGCACAAUUUUCCAUCAAAUUUUCAUUGCGCUGCACAAAUAAAGUGGAAAUACUUUGGAAAGAUGAUCGUUUCACGCCUGGCCUUCCCCCUGAACCUUGGACUCCGCCAGUUUUCGCGCCGAGUGGCGGAGAACCCCAGCAACUUAAAGAUCCUGCAACGCCACAUGUCGGGCGUCUAUUUCCGCAGCGGUGCCAUUAAACCAAAACCCGAGGAAAUGCCCUUCGGGCUGUUUGCCAUCUUCUGUGCUGUCAUCCCGGGCCUCUUUGUUGGCGCCACUAUCAGCAAGAACGUUGCCAAUUUCCUGGAGGAGAACGACCUAUUCGUUCCUGCCGACGAUGACGACGACGAGGACUAAAUCGAUGUCCGGAAGCUACCUCAUUGAUGUGCACACUCACACCCCUAGUCGAAAUAUCUUGGAGUACAUGGCCAAAUGUUAUCUUAAACUAUUUAUUAGACCUCUUUUCUCCUAUGUAUGAAAAUCUCUAAUCUUAAGAUCCCAAAGUUUUGGCAUUUUUAUCUGUUUUUUGUGUCGUCCCGUUCUUCUAACGAUUUUUCAAUAAUGUUGACUACAUCGACUACAUAGCUCGAUAAGAUGAUGAAUGUUAUUAGUAUUUAAAUAAAGCUUACAUGACUAUAUUCUAUAUUUUGUUUAUUAUAUAACAAGAUAUGCGUUCUCAUCUGAGAAAUGGCGCGCUCCAUGUCAGGAAAGAGAAUCUGACCACCCACCCACCUAGAAAUCAAACAAUUAUUCUUUGCCGAAGUGGAAUUUUAUUGUAAUUAAAUUUGUUGGGUGUACAAAGGUAUGUUUUUACUGAAUUUCUCUGAUUUUCAUUACAAUUUCAUUCAAAUGGUUGUAAUUGCUGUGUGUUUGGCUCCUCAAAGAUUCGCAAUCAACGAUUCUAUUUUCUCAUUUAAUCAUACAAAUUAUGUUUUAUAUCGCUUUAAUAUAUAUAGAAGUGUACAUAUAUAUCUGCUAUAUACCUAUAUAGAGGUGUGUGUUGACUUGCGUAUGUUCUUCUGUGAAAAAUAAAAUAUUUUCUUUUCUCAAUUUUGAAUGGGCUUCGGGGUUUAUCGCAAUUUUUCCAUGAAUAUAUUCCAAUUCGGGUUUAGUUUUUUAGUUUUUCUUUAAUAGUUUUAUGGUUGUUGGUUUUACAAUUUUUUCAAAGAUUUUUUUGUAUUUAUUUUUAGAUUUUUUUGUUUUGUUUUGUUUAAUAAAAAAAUAUGAAUUUCACUUCCCGACCGACGCUUGGAGGCUUUUUCAACGUCGGACUCUCUAAUGCUCUUCUGUUU